AAGAAGAAGAAGUAGAAGCGGAAGUACCGGAUGUAAACACAGCGAAGUCUGCUCAGCUGCAGAUAAGCAUGAGUUUAAACGUUAUCGUUUUAACAGCUUCAGACACAAUUAGAUUUUAUUAUUUAAUUUAGUUAUAAUUUAAUAAAGGAGACAUCUGUCAGCUGGAUGUUCUUUGAAUCUAACUGGAUCUGUUGUAGAAAACCGUUGACACCUUCAGGAGAAACAAAACAUCAAGCAGACAGAAAGUAAAGUUUUAAGGAUCGGCCGAUGGCCUCGUCAGACAUCAGCGUGACAGAGAUGAGUGAUGUGGUCAUCGUCACCCUUCCAGAACCCGUGCCUAAUGAGCUGCCCUCUGUGGUGGAGGAGGAUAAAGCUGUGCUGGUGACUGCAGAGCUGACUCCACAUGCUGGGGAGGACAUCCUCACAGUGGGACCAGUGGAAGCAGAAACUGAAACCACAGCGGAUUCUCUGUCUAAGGAAGAGACAGUCAUUGUGAAGCUCUCUGAGGAGGUGGAUGUGGAGGCUGAUGUCUUCUACCCCAUCACAUGCGGAGACGCCAAAGCCACUCUGGUGUGGAAGAAGUUUGUCUGUCCAGGGAUCAACGUGAAGUGUGUCCAGUUCAAUGAUCAGCUAAUCAGCCCAAAAGAGUUUGUGUGUUUGGCUGGGAAAUCCACCUUAAAAGACUGGAAGAGAGCAAUCCGGCUGAAUGGCAUCAUGCUCAGGAAGAUCAUGGACUCGGGUGAGCUGGACUUCUAUCAGCAUACAAAGGUCUGCUCCAACACCUGCCGCAGCACCAAGAUCGAUCUGGUGGGAACUAAAGUGUCAGUCAGCUGCGACCAGUCCGCCGACCUGCUCUCUGCCUCCGCUUCGUCAGCGGACCUAAACGGAGCAGCUGUCUCCUUUCCAGAUGCGCCAGAGGAACCAUCGGAGUGGGUCACAACAAUCGGAGAGGACUCUGUGGUGUUCUGGCGAGCUGUGAAGGAGGCCGGGCUGCUCCAGGAGGUGGUGGAGGACUUUCAGAAGGAGGUGCAGGAGAUCCUGAAGGGAUUGCAGGAGAGAGUAUGUGAUCCACCAGUGGAGGUCAAAGAUGCUGUUCUGCUUAACAACAUAGUCCAGAACUUCGGCAUGCUGGACCUGGUGAAGAAGGUUCUGGCCGGUCACAAGAGCCAGAUGGACCGGCAUAGAGAGCAGUACACUCGAAGCCUUGCUGCUCUGGAGCAACAGUGUGACGAGCACAGGAAGAGAGCCAAAGAACUGAAGAGUAAAUCGCAGCACCUCAACAACGUCCUGAUGAACAUGACCCCUGUCCCGGCUCCCCCAGCACCCAAAAGACCCCGGCUGACCCGCGCCGUCUCUGGCCCGGCUUCGGUCAAUGCCACGCCCUCUCAGAUCACUCUCCCCUUCAGCCAGCUGGGCAGCCUGCAGCUGGGAAAGGUGCUGACGGUGGCAGGAGGUCAGGCAGGCAGCAACCUCAGUGGCUACACCCUCCUGACUUCAUCGCUCCCUGGCUCUGAGCUUGGAGCCGAUGGCUCCAAUGUGACGUUGUCGGCGGCGGCAGCUCAGGGGGCCGCGGCAGGGUCCAGCUCCUCCAGCCCCUUCGUUAAGGUGGUCAGGCCACAGUUCCAGCUGGUGACGCUGCCACUGACUGCUGCGCAGAACCCUGUGGUACCGCAGCAGGUCAGCACUGUCAGUGUGGUGGAUGCCAUGGUAACGACUGCUGAUGAGUCUCAGGAGGGAAACCAUGCUGAUGGUGAUGAUGAAGGUCAGCCAGGGCAGGUGGCUGAGGAUGAGGAGGAGCAGCAGUGAGGGGAAGGACAGGUGCUUAGCUGCUAGCUUUAGUGGAGACUGGAAUUGGAUUCAGGAAGGGAUGAUGACUCCUCGUCUUCAUCUUCCUCCACCAGCAUGAUCUGCAGAGUCGGGCUGCCAUGUCUUACUGUGCUGUAAAUUCGUGUCUAACCUUUGAUAGUUUGUCUGUGCAUUGUGAUUUUUUUUCAUGCCGUUUCUGAAAGCAGAACAAUGCUCCUUUAUUUUGGAUUAAACUCUGCAGGUAAA